CAGCAAAAGGCUCUCCGUCAGCAUAGUGUCAUAGUGUUGGAGAUAUACUGUUCUCCUCCUCCUCUCGCAGCGUUUCUCUCUCUCUCUUUCUCUCCACCUCCCUUCUCUGGCUGUCCCAGGACUGCUGCAGCUAACUCUGCAUCACCUUGCAGUUCAGACACUGCUUCCUUUCUGCAGUCCUCUCUCACUCUCUCCUGUUUUCCUCCUCUCUUUGGUCCUUCACAACCCCCUCCCUCCUUUCCGGUCACUUUCUUUUCUUAUCUAUCGUCCACUCAUUUUAUUUUAUCAAUAUGUACCGGAACCCUUGGAUCUCUAACUACAUCAACCAUGUCAAGUUGUGCCAAGGCUUCACAGGAGAAACCGCUCCUAAAGUUGGCAAUACCAAACUACAACGUAGAGCUCUUAGCUUCCAGAAAGAGUUCUUGUUGGAAGAGAAAGACGAGGGAACCAACAAAGAAUUACAUGUCAGUCUGCUGGGAAAUACACCCAAGGUCUCAGAAUUAAGGAAACGUUUUGAGAGUGUAAGCUCGAGUCAGAGUUGGGACAUGAACAGGAAAGAGCGGAUUGCAAGACGUCUGGAGGGAAUCGAUAGUGAUGCUCUCCAAAAUCUCCCAGACUGUGGCGGUCUAGUUACCAAUCGACUGCUAGAGGAGGACACUCCAAGAUAUACCCGUGCAGCAGACACCUGUGACCCCUGUACAGUUUCUCUUCAGCACUAUGGCAAAAAUGACCCAAACUUCCCAAAUCUGCACAGUGCAGAGGUUCAGUCCAGAACCCACACAGUCCAACCGGAGACUGUCUAUAGCACUGGCUCCACUCAUGUGGCAGAGCUGGACUCUAAAGCCGAAAGGAUCGCACGCUACAAGGCAGAACGGCGCCGUCAGCUAGCAGAGCGCUAUGGCAUCUCUCUGGAUCAGGAGUUGGAGACUGACUAUACGGCUCGCUACUCCAAAACCUCUAGAGAGCCCGACGGCUCAGACCGACAACAUAAGUCAAAGGUAGAUGGAGGAGAUGGAGUGGAGCAUAAUGCUUACACCCCCAGCCAUCAUGCAGACAGGGCCAGUUCACACAUUCACAGCGAUCCAGAGUUCAUCCGGGAUCACACCGAGUCCAUCUCCGAGCGCGAGAGGAUGAUGAAUCUGGAGAACCAGAGGAGGGCACAGGAGCGGGAUAGAUUGCAUGGAGGUGGAGGGGUUGCACCUGACCCAUCUGCAUAUAUGGAUGUAUCAGGGUCUGCCAGGGUCCCAGGGAAGGAACCAGGGGCGAUGGGGGUUCCCAGCUCGCCUAAUGCAGGCCGAAGGACCAUGAUGCCAUCUCCAAAACAGGGAGCAUCUCCUGGUGAUCUGUUUAUUGAGCAGCAGGCUCACAACAUCCUCCAAAGACACGGAAUCCGAGUUAGGGAGAGACUGGCCCGUGACGAGCCGUUUCACAGGGGUCAAACAGCAGAAGGACCUGCAUACAACCAGUUUCCCCAGUCAUACCCUCGAUAUCACCCUCACAAUCGGAACCUACCUGAUGCUCCAGCCAAACAGCGGCUGACCCACUCUGGACAAGAGGAACGCCAUGACCUGGGGUGCCAGAGCUACUUCUCUAUGGGCAGUGAAUCCGCUUCCAGGCAUAAACAAGAGAUUCAAGAAGUGCUUGAACCAGAGGGAAAACAGGAUGUGAGGACAGUGGGGCUCCUGUGGAGCAGGAAGGCAGUUUUACCUUCUGAAAUUCAUCAGAAAGAACGGAGCACUGAAGACCCGUGCCAAGGAAGUACCGACAACAUAGAGGUAAACCCAGGCAUUAGUCGGCACAGAAGGGAGGAUAUUGCAGAUGACCCCAGAGGGCGCCGUGGAGGUCAGUCAAGACGGGAAGUUUACACACAGCAUGUGUCCCGACUUCAGGCCACAGAGUCUAUGCAAGCAAGAGCUCGAGAGGCCCACAGAAGGACUGACGCUAGCUGCUACGCCCCAAUCCAGACCUCCAGUGGGAGAUAUAUGCCAAAACUUUUGGAUACUGGAAAUGUCCAACAGAAUGCCAUCCAGAACCCAAUCAGAGAGCCUGUCCGUCAGGAGAAAGUGCUUAAUGGUGAUCCCCUAUCCCAUGAUGCAAGGGUUUCAGUUGCCCAACUCCGCCACACCUACCUGGAAAGUGUUGCGUGUCCCCGGAAAGCCGAACUGUCUCAUCUAAGCCCUGAACCACUGAGCCCUGAAGUGGAUGAAGAGAAGUUGGAUGAGAGAGCAAAGCUGAGUGUAGCCGCCAAGCGCUCUCUUUUCAGGGAGCUUGAAAAGACUUCAGAUGGUUCAGUUUUGAAGGCAUGGAGCCGUAAUCCUGCUGUUGAACGCAGGCUGAGGAGAGGUCAGGAUCGCUCCCGCACUCAGCCCGUCACCUCAGAGGAAGUGGUCAUUGCUGCUACCUUGCAGGCUUCAUCUCAGCAGAGCUCCAUGGUGAGGGAGCAGGCCAGAGAGGUUCGGCUGGCUCAGGAGGCAGUGGAGACGGAUCGAGCUCGCCAUGCAUCUCCAGGGGAGGAUGGCCAAGAGGAGCCAGAUCUUUCCACGCUCAGUCUGGCAGAGAAGAUGGCACUCUUCAACCGCCUGGCACAGCCGUCCAGCCACGGCCUUCGGGCCAGGGGAGACACUCGGUCACGUAGGAGUAAUGCCCGCUACCAGACUCAGCCAAUCACACUAGGAGAGGUUGAACAGCUGCAGCCUGCAGGUGGAGCUCGUUUUGCAUCCACCUCUACCUCAGCCCUGAGAUCCUCAACCGUUUCCACUGAACAUGCUGGUGACAUCCACCUGACCAUGCCCGAUGUAUCUGGCCCUGCCUACUAUGAGCAGACCCUCUCCCCACCUUACCAACCUCAAACUGCUCAUCAGGGCCCAGAUGUGUUCCCGGUGGCCCAAGGAGAAAAGCAGUUAUUGAGCAUGGGGAAGAGGAAACUCCCCUCUCCAGAGAGCAUGAAACAAACACCACAUGCUCAACCGGCCAGAGACUGGGAGGAGUUUAAAGGGCACAAUGAGGCUCUGGUGACCCCUCAAGACCCUUCAGAAACAGAUGGAGAGCACAAGUCAAAGACAGCCAUAUCAGAUCUUCCUGUGCACACAGCCGCAGUACGUGCAGCGGCAGCUGUAUCGCAGGGCUCAUCCUCUUUACGGAGCGGCGCUCUCGCACCGCACACGCACACAGAGUCUGCUGGACACCUCUCGGAGGACAACAGGAGAGAAGACGAGCAGGAGACUGACUUUAAAACAGAGGAGGGAGACAAGUUCUCAGACAUCAUGUCUGCCAGACAGAUGUCCAUCAAAGAGAGGCUGGCUCUGUUGAAGAAGAGUGGAGAGGAAGACUGGAGGAACAGGAUAAAUAAGAAACAGGAUGUGGUGAAGGUUGCUGUGUCUGAAAGACACGCCCAGCUAUGGGAAGUGGAGCAGAGCUUCAAGAAGAAGGAUGAUGGGAUGAUGAUUGAUGACUUUGCCGUGUCUGAUCAACUUUGGGAUCCUGUCUUUUCCUCCUCCUUUUCGUGUGUCUCUGAACCACUGGAUCAAAUAGCAAUCCUCCCCAAGGCUACCCCCCUGCCCGUGCAGGUGGAUGAGCAUCACCCCUGGAGACGGAAGAGGAUGGGAAAUGAGGUGGUGGAGAGUCAGCAGAUUGAGCAAAUCGAGAUGUCUAUUCAGGAACGCAAGCAGCUCAUCACCACACAAGAGGAUGCCUGGAAGGUCAAAGGUUACAGAGCAUCCAAUGACUCCACUCAGUUUACAGUGGCUGGACGUAUGGUUAAAAAAGGUCUGGCAGCCCCUUCUGUUCUCACAAAUCCAGUGCUGUCCCCUCUGUCCUCUAAAAACAAGAAUGCCUCCCAUACCAUCUCAAAGCCACAUGAAGCAGAGAUAGAAGUCAGACAGGACAUGAAGCUGGAGUCAGACAAGAAGCUGGAAAAGUUGGAGUCAUUCCUUGGUCGGCUCAAUAGUAAAGUUUCAGGACUUCAAGAGGCCACGAUUGCAGUCACAGAGAAGUCUGUUAAAGAGGUCAUGACUGUGGAUGAUGAGAUCUUCAAUAAGUUUUAUAGACACACAGAGGAUAUGGACAAGAUCACUAGCAGGGUGGAAAUCAAUGACGAUUUUGAUGCCAUUUUUGGAGUGCAGUUGCCCAGAUUGACUUCAGACAUGGUGCAGCACAAGCGUGCAGUACGGCCAACCAGAAACGUUCAGUCAUCCAAAAACCCCCUGAAAAUGCUGGCCGUUCGGGAGGACAUCAGACAUGAGUACACAGAACAGAGACUGAAUAUCGGCCUUCUGGAGAGCAAGAGGAUGAAACGGGAAAAGAUGAAUAAGAACAGCGGUUUCUCUGAGGUUGCUCUUGCUGGAUUGGCCAGUAAGGAAAACUUCAGCAGUGUGAGUCUGCGAAGUGUGAAUGCAUCUGAGCAGAGUUCCAACAACAGUGCCAUGCCCUAUAAAAAACUCAUGCUCAUUCAAGUCAAAGGUCGACGGCAUGUCCAGACCAGACUGGUUGAGCCCAGAGCUUCCUCCUUGAACAGUGGUGACUGCUUCCUUUUGAUCACAUCUCAUUAUUGCUUCAUCUGGAUUGGAGAAUUUGCAAAUGUUAUUGAGAAGGCCAAAGCCGCAGAGUUAGCUACGUUCAUUCAGACCAAGCAUGACCUGGGAUGCAGAGCCUCGUAUGUGCAGACCAUUGAGGAAGGUGCCAACACUCACACUCGUGCUGCCAAAGAGUUUUGGAAGAUUCUUGGUGGCCAAGCCAGUUAUCAAGCCGCUGGCACUCCAGAAGAAGAUGAGUUCUAUGAGAGUGCCGUCGUAGAAACCAACUGUAUCUACAGGCUCAUAGAGGAUAAACUUGUUCCUGAAGAUGACUACUGGGGUCGAGUUCCUCGAUGCUCCAUGCUUAACCCUAAAGAAGUGCUGGUGUUUGAUUUUGGUAGCGAGGUCUACGUAUGGCAUGGUAAGGAGGUGACGCUGGCACAGAGAAAAGUGGCAUUUCAGCUGGCAAAGCACUUGUGGAAUGGCACCUUUGACUACACCAACUGUGAUAUUAAUCCUCUGGACCCUGGAGAGUGCAAUGCAGUUAUACCCAGGAAAGGCCAGGGACGACCAGACUGGGCUGUGUUUGGCAGGUUAACUCAGCACAAUGAGACUAUUCUUUUUAAAGAGAAGUUUUUGGACUGGAGUGACUCCAAGAAAUCCACAAAGAAGAAUGGUGACUCGCAUGCUGAAGAAAACAAGGAGCUUCGGGGUGGGGAAUGCCGGCCAUACGAUGCAUCAUUGAUGUUGACGACAGUACAGACGCCAGUCAAGACCGUUCUGGAUGGGGUCGAUGUUGGACGAGGUUAUGGAUUGGUGGAAGGUGACGAGGGGCGUAAUUUUGAGAUCAGCACAUUAUCUGUUGAUGUCUGGCACAUUCUAGAGUUUGACUACAGUCGUCUACCCAAACAGAGCAUUGGUCAGUUCCAUGAAGGAGACACAUAUGUGGUAAAAUGGAAGUACAUGAUCAGUACAGCAGUUGGCAAGAGAUUGCAUUCAGAACGGAUCAUCGGUCCAGGGAAGGAGAAAUGUUGUUAUUUCUUCUGGCAGGGACGCAACUCCACUGUGAAUGAAAAGGGAACCUCAGCACUGAUGACUAUAGAGCUUGAUGAGGAGAGGGGUGCUCAGGUCCAGGUACAGCAGGGAAAGGAGCCUCCUUGUUUCUUACAGUGCUUCAAUGGAGGAAUGAUUGUUCAUGCUGGAAAGAGAGAAGAGGAGGAAGAAAAUGCACAAAAUGACUGGCACUUAUACUGUGUGAGAGGAGAGAAACCCCUAGAGGGCCAUCUGCUAGAGGUCGUGUGCCACUGCAGCAGCUUACGGUCUCGCACCUCUAUGAUCCUCCUGAACAUCCCAAAAGCCAGCAUGUACUUGUGGCAUGGCUGCAAAGCACAGAUGCACACACGUGAUGUGGGUCGUACCGCUGCCAACAAAAUUAAAGAGCAGUGUCCUCUGGAGGCGGGGCUUCACAGCAGCAGUAAGGUGUCCAUCCAGGAGUGUGAUGAGGGAGCUGAACCACAUGGCUUCUGGGAGGCCUUGGGAAGAAGAGAUCGAAAGGCGUAUGACUGCAUGCUGCAGGAUCCGGGAAAUUUCAACUUCACUCCCCAGCUGUUCCAGUUAAGCAGCACUUCAGGAGAGUUUGUGGCAGUGGAGUUUGUGUAUCCAUCUAGGGAACCAAAUUUGGUCAACUCGAUGCCUUUCCUACAGGAGGAUUUGUAUACAGCUACUCAGCCAGCCCUAUUUUUGGUGGAUAAUCACCAUGAAGUGUACCUAUGGCAGGGCUGGUGGCCUCAGGACAGUGAGAGCACGGGAUCAGCUCGCACACGAUGGGACUCUGACAGGAAGUGUGCCAUGGGAACAGUACUCCAAUAUAGCAAAGAAAAAAAUGAGAAAAAAACUCCCAAAUCAUACCUGAUCCAUGCAGGACUUGAGCCUCUUACUUUCACUAACAUGUUUCCCAGCUGGGAACACAGAGAGGACAUCGCUGAGAUCACAGAGAAGGAGGCUGAAGUAUGUAAUCAGAUCAUUCUGGUUGAAGACGUCUUGACUAGACUCUGCAAGACCACUUGCCCACUUGCUGAUCUUCAAGCCCGUCCACUACCAGCAGGAGUUGACCCUCUGCAUCUUGAGAUCUACCUUUCAGAUGAGGACUUUGAGGGUGUAGGGGCUUCUGGGAAGAAAGCAUUGGAAAUGACAAGAAGUGAAUAUGAGGCACUGCCAGGGUGGAAGCAAGUGAAUGUGAAGAAAGACAAAGGACUGUUUUAAAGGAACUUCUGACUGGGAUUGAAUCUGAAGUGGAGACCUUCUCAUUCCUUUUGAUCCAGACAGGACAAACGCAAGUGAAGAUCUACCUGUGUCAAACCACACAGGGAGGUGAAAAGGGGCUGGAUGAAGGAGAAAAGACACUGAUGGGCAGGGGUUUAGCAGCCUCUUGUAGCACAUUUCUCUCCCAUUUUCUCCUUUUUUUUGUUUUUUUAUCAGUGAAUUAGCAAGUUUUGUUUUCUUGUUGAAUGUUUUGAGUGCUCCCCAGCAUCUUAUCCUUCCCAUUGUUCUGCAUUGCUGUGUCCACAUAAAGCCAGUCACCGUCCAACAUGCACAAGGCAGCCCUCAUGCACUGCCCAGCUUUAUAUAAAGACCUAAUAAAUGAAAAAUGCCUUUUAGUUAUUAUCUAAUUGUAAGAAAGCUCAAAAGAGCACUUUAUGUAAGUACGUUCAUACCUGCUCUCAUAAAUGGCCUCAAGAUGUGUUUGAACCUUCCAGAUAGAUGCUUGAACUUGAGAACCCUAUGUGUGUGUGUAUGCGCAUGAGAGAGUGUUUGUGAAUCUAUACAGUGUGUGUGUGUCUCUCUUCAAACAGGAUUGAAUGAAACUGUGGAAUAAGAGAAAAUCUCUUUCUAUUCUGCGUUGUAUAGUGCCUUGCCUUCAUGUACAGUUUAUAUAAAGACAGAUGCUAGUCUGCAUUUUGAAA